CUAGCGGCGGCACUCGGCGACGUCUCGCUCGGCUCGGCCGCGGCCGUGAGAAGCAGGCACCAUGGUGAAUUUCACCACCGAGCAGCUGCGGUCACUGAUGGACCUCAAGUACAACAUCCGGAGCAUGAGUGUGAUUGCGCACGUCGACCACGGGAAGUCGACGCUGACAGACUCGCUCGUCGCCAAGGCGGGCAUCAUUGCGAAGAAGCACGCCGGCGAGAUGCGCUACACCGACACGCGAGCGGACGAAGCAGAACGCGGCAUCACGAUCAAGUCGACAGGCAUUUCCAUGUUCUUCGAAUACAAGAUGUCCGAUGGCGAGAAGGCCGAGGUAGCCAAGGCUGAGGGCCGAGCGCUCGCAGUCACGGGGGGUGACGAGACUGCCGCCGCGGCGUUCGCGCUUGCGUCAUCUGACGACGGGCCGACCAUCACUGAGAACAGCUACCUCAUCAACCUGAUUGACUCGCCGGGCCACGUCGACUUUUCAUCUGAAGUGACUGCUGCACUACGUAUUACUGAUGGCGCUUUGGUGGUCGUCGACACCAUCGAAGGUGUCUGUGUCCAGACUGAGACCGUCCUUCGCCAAGCGAUCGGCGAGCGUGUUCGCCCUGUGCUCCACGUUAACAAGGUUGACCGCGCCCUGCUUGAGCUCCAGCUCUCACCUGAGGAUAUGUACCAGUGUUUUCAGCGGUCGGUGGAGUCGGUCAACGUCAUCAUCGCAACGUACAACGAUGAGUUGCUCGGCGACUGUCAGGUGUAUCCCGAGAAGGGUACUGUGUCAUUUGGUUCGGGCCUCCACCAGUGGGGGUUCACGUUGUGCAAGUUCGCGCGCAUGUAUUCCGAGAAGUUUGGCAUAGGAUACGACAAGAUGAUGCAGAAGCUCUGGGGCGACAAUUACUUUGAUGCCAAGGGUAAGAAAUGGGUCAAGUCAGAUCGUGAUGGCCAACUCGAGCGCGCAUUUUGCCAGUUCAUCAUGACUCCUAUCUGCAAGAUGUUCGCGGCGAUCAUGGAGGACAAGAAGCUGAAGAUCCAGAAGCUCCUCAAGGCUGUUGGCGUGACUCUCAAAAAAGAGGAGGACGAGCUGGUAGGCAAGCCCCUCUUGAAAUGCGUCAUGCAGAAAUGGUUACCUGUCGGUGACGCAAUCCUCGAGAUGAUUGUCGUCAAGCUACCCUCGCCAGCAGCGGCGCAGCGCUAUCGCGUCGAGAACCUGUACGAUGGGCCGCUCGACGACGCAUGUGCCAACGCAAUCCGUACUUGUGACACGUCCGAUGGUGCACCGCUCAUGAUGUACAUCUCCAAGAUGGUCCCGUCCUCUGAUCGGGGUCGGUUCUUUGCCUUUGGCCGCGUGUUUUCGGGGAAGAUCGCGACAGGUCAGAAGGUUCGCAUCAUGGGCCCCAACUACAUCCCUGGCAAGAAGAGUGAUCUCUGGGUGAAGAAUAUCCAACGUACGCUCAUUAUGAUGGGACGCUUUCAGGAGCAGGUCCAGGACAUACCUGCCGGCAACACGUGCGGCCUCGUAGGUGUCGACCAGUACCUCCUCAAGAGCGGUACGAUAUCGACACAUGAUGAAGCGCACUGCAUCAAAACGAUGAAGUUCAGCGUCUCGCCUGUUGUUCGCUGCGCAGUCGAACCGAAGAAGGCGCAAGACCUCCCCAAGCUCGUCGAGGGCCUCAAGCGCCUCGCCAAGUCAGACCCCAUGGUCCUCUGCUACACGGAGGAGUCGGGCGAACAUAUCAUAGCGGCAACUGGUGAGCUUCACCUCGAGAUCUGCCUCAAGGACCUCCAAGAGGAUUUCAUGGGAACGGACGUCAAGGUCUCCGAUCCUGUCGUCUCAUACCGCGAGUCGUGCUCCGCAAACUCUUCGCAGACGUGCCUUUCCAAGUCGCCGAACAAACAUAAUCGGCUCUACAUGGAGGCGGCACCCCUCUCCGACGAGCUUUCUGAUGCCAUCGAGGCAGGCAAGGUCUCGGCCAAGGACGACCCCAAACUCCGUGCGCGCCUCAUGGCCGACGAAUACGGCUGGGAUGUUGGCGAUGCACGCAAGAUCUGGGGCUUUGGGCCUGACGGGUCCGGUGCCAAUCUCCUGUACGACCAGACUAAGGGUGUAAACUAUCUUGGUGAGAUCCGCGAGUCUGUUGUUGCCGGCUUCCAGUGGGCGUCCAAGUCUUCUGUCCUCUGUGACGAGCAGAUGCGUGGUGUUUCGUUCAAGCUCCUUGACGUAACGCUUCAUGCCGACGCGAUACAUCGCGGCAUGGGUCAGAUCAUGCCAACCGCGCGUCGCGUAAUGUUCGCGUCGCUGCUGCUGGCGCAGCCUGUUCUCCAGGAGCCUCUCUUCCUUGUCGAUAUCUCCGUGCCACAGGACGCCAUGGGCGGUUGCUACGGUGUGCUCACUCGCCGCCGCGGCGUUGUGUUCUCCGAAGAGCAGCGCCCGGGCACGCCGAUGGUCCAAAUGAAGGCACACAUGCCGGUAAUGGAGUCCUUCGGCUUCAACGCCGACGUUCGCGCGGCCACGGGUGGCAAGGCAUUCCCCCAGAUGGUAUUCUCACACUGGGCUGUACUCCAGGGCGACCCAACAGACCUUGCGUCCAAGCCCGGCGCUGUCAUCGGGCAGGUCCGCAAGCGCAAGGGACUCAACCCCGAAAUCCCGCCUCUCGACCGCUUCCUCGACCGGCUCUAGGCCGCUAGGGCCCGGGCUGCCGCUCGCGAGGUGUCCUAUUCCCCUUUUUAAAUGCGCGUGCGCAAUACUUAGGAAUAGAAUAAAAAAGGGAUCAAAGGUACGGCUCGCAGGCGCGCCGGACCCAUGCAAACUCUAGCGGACCCAGUCUCGCUGAAUCGGCUCGAACCUGGCCAGCGAGCUCCAAAAGUUCUUUAUAGGCGCGUCUUCGAGCUCACAUCUAAUUUCAGAGACAACACGGUCAAUCUCGUUUUGCGUCCUCCUCGCCAGCAGACUACAGCAGGCGCCAGGGGCGCUAGAUCCAUUUGCUUGGUUGAACUCCGGAGACGGGUUGUCUUGUACAUGUCCCUGACUGACUUGCAUUAAUG